UUCAAGAACCUCUGGUACGAUACGACUCGAACCUUUCAGAGAGAGCGACCAUGGCUUCUUCAAAGCGUUCUUGGUCGUUGUCGACGCUGCCACCGGAGUUAAUAGAAGAGAUACUCUACAGAACUCCGGCGGAAUCUCUAGUCCGAGCAAAACCAACGUGCAAGAAAUGGUACGCGCUCAUCACCACCAACAGAAGAUUCAUCUUCGAACACCUGCGUCGCUCACCGCAAAGAUUCAUCAGAACCGUAGAGACAGUACAGAUCAUGGAUCCUGUGACAAGAACACGCUCAGAUUCACCACUCCCAAAAGAGCUCCAUGUUAGAAUGAUGGUUCACUGCGAUGGGCUCAUGUUAUGUAUGAGUGGUAACUCUCAGUAUAGAAAGUUCAACCUCGCAAUUUGGAACCCUGUUUUGAGGAAACUCAGAUGGAUCAAACCCUCGCUCCAUUUCACAGAAUCUGAUUACUACGGGAUUGGAUACGACAUCAAGAUGUCUCGAUAUGGUUACAAGAUUUUGAGGUUCACGGAUCGUCGCUAUGAUCGUUAUGGUGAUUAUGAUGAGGAAGAUCGUGAACCAGAGGUUGAGAUGUAUGAGUGCAAGACUCGUUCAUGGAGAACUCUUGACGCCAAGGUUGGUUGGGAUGUGGAUAUCACGUGCAAAGGUGUGUCUGUGGUGGGUAACAUGUACUGGUUUGCUCAGAAGUAUUGGGUUGCUAAGAAGGAGCACAGAAACUACAUUCUAGGUUUCGAUUUCUCAGUUGAAACGUUCAAGGACGUAUGCUUUGCUCCUCCCUCUCGUCAUGAUAAUUAUCUAGCAUGUUUCGAUGGAGAUAGAUUGUCUUUGCUACAGCAAGACCAAGAAACAACGAGCCCGAUCGAGGUGUGGGUUUCAAGCAAGUUGGCUGGUGAUGGGGAUGUCUUGUUCAGCAAGUAUUUCAGUGUGUCACGCCCCGAUCUUCCGUCCUUACUGUUCCACACAGAUAUGGCUCAUCCGGUAUACUGUAUUGGGAAGCACAAACGUGUUGUGGCAUGGUGCGAGGGAGAUGUGUAUGAAGGUGAUGAUGAUAAGAUUCCUCCUACUUGCAUCACUCUUUAUGAAAUUGAUGAGGGUGGGGUAAGAACACAGCUUGAGACAGAACGACACUACGGGUCUGGCUAUUCUGGGACUUUCCUUUGUGGCUACGUGUACGUUCCAAGUCUAGUCCCUCUUCCAGAAUAAGA